AUAGGCGGCAGUGUAUUACUGGUUCUAACAUCAACACAGGUACGGUGCUGACCUCAUGCUCGUGUUUACUCGUGUUUAUAGGCCUGCACACGUACUUCCGGAUGCAAUAGGUCUUUGUUCCAAGCUGCGGAACAUUGUUGGACUAACCUAUGGCUAAGUUUCUUGUGCUGGAGCGUCGCCUCUAAAUCGGGAACAAUGCGCGCGCCUUUCCCGUGCGCUGUAUGAGUGACAGACCGGAUGUAGCCGCGAGUGUUGUGCCGCCUCCACCACUCUCCUCAGCUUCUCUCUCCUGCAAUCCUCGUGCCGACGAUAACGACGCCGCUUGUCCAACGCACACUGCUGUUUCGAGCGAAUCUGAGCUUCAGAACCCUUCUUUCGCCGACAAUAAAUGCUUCCCAUCAGCGUCUCAUUUAAACACAAGGGAUAAUUCAACUGCUCUUUAUGACACUUUAUCCAGUGAUUUGCGCAGUUAUCAUUCGAAAAGCUUACCUGACGCUGUUCUGCAUAGUGACGCGCUUUUAGAACAUGAAUAUGAGCUUGAAAGUCUAGGAAGUGUAACGAGUAACUCAUUCUCGCUAUCCACUGACGACACUUUACAUAACACGAGUUCGGAAUCGGAUGAAAUUGAAGUAGACCGUUUACUAGACAAACCUGAAAACAUGGGUAAUCAAGCUGCGCGAAAAACUGUUCAGAGUGAUGAUGACACCCCGGACGAGACAAAGACCAAAUGUUGUGAGAUACCAAAGAAGAAAGUCAAGGAUCGAAACAGCAGAGUCAGUCGAAACAGUCGCGUUGACGACCUUGGCUUUGAUACAAAUGAAGUAUACCCUUUCGAAGGCCGCACUCGGAGCGAGCAAGAACUCUCCGAUCCGGUAGAACUGGAACCAUUCGAUAUUGUGGAAACAGACGACAUCCGAUUUGUUCCGGGAGCCGGAACCUCGGCUGUCAUUCAGUCCGCCAGCGAGCCGCGCUUUCAGACAAUACCGGAGGACAUGACAAUCGGUGGCGAACACGAACAGGCAACGAAAAAUGAUUCCGAUCAAACUGACGUUAAGAAGUUUUACAUAGAAAAGGGCUCCAAAAUCCUUGAACCGGGAACGUCCACUGCACAUUCUACGUUCGAGUUCAAGCAGAUGAAAACAAAUGCAAAAGAAAAACCAUUUUCUAUUGCCAAGAGUCCUUUGUAUGAAAAUACGAGCGAUGGAGCAAAACCUUGUCCAUCUAGUGGAAACGACGAUGAAGCUCCUGUAUCACCAGGCGCUGCAGCUUCACCGGCAUCUCCAUCGAGCUCUGGAAACAGCAGCAAUCAAAUUGGCGGAAAUAACUCGAAGAACGACAUCAAGAAACCGACCAGAAAAGGCAAAACAACAAAAUGUGGCGAAACUGAUAUUAUGAAGACGUCGGUUAGUGAAAUACACGAAGAUGCUCAAUGUAAGAAAGCUUCUGUGAAAGAAACUAAAGCUACCUCUGAAAAUAAGAGACAAAGGAACAAAUCCGACAAGCAACCAGCGAUAAGAGACAGUGAAAUAGACAGAAACAUCGACAACGUGUUAUUGUUAACUCAAACUAUGUUCUCAGGCUCUAAGACAUCUAAUAAUGCAGAAGACAAUGUGCUUGUGAAUUCUGGCGAUAACCAGCAAGAGGUUGUGCAAGCCAAAUAUGAAAACGUCAACCGUUGUGUUAAGCUUGAAAGUGGCGGAUUAGCGAUCGCACAUAAAGAUGAGUCUGUGGCUCAAAAACAUGUGAACAAAGGUGAGAAAACUGACAGAGAACAUGUUGAUAGAGUCAAAGAAGCCAUUCAGAUAACAAGGCAAGGGCCAGACACUGAACAAGAACUAUUGAAAUAUGAAAACGUUGGUGUUUGUGUUAAACUUGAAGCUACUGGAUUGUCUAUUCACAAUAAAGAACUACCUGCUAUUCCAAAAUCAGAAUUACCAAAUCAAGGUGGAAUUAAAAAAUCAAGACGAAAAGCAUCAGAUGAUAAAGAGGUUGUUGAAAUAAGACAAGAAGAGCAUACUGCUCAAGAUAAGGACAUGAAUAGAAAGAGGCGUGAGCGUAAAGCUUCAUCUGACAAAGAGUUUGUUGAGAUAAGUAGAAUCAGGCAAGCGAGUGGUGGAAAAGAAAUAGUGACGAUUAAACCAACUGACUCGGAAUAUAUUGAAAUGAACACAGGGAAAGAUGACCGAAGAGUUCCUACAGGUGUUGUUGAAGAUGUUAAACUUGAUAUUCGAAAUAAGGGAAUAUUACAUAUAUCUGAUAGUGGUACUUUGAUCAUUAAAUCUUUACCAAAACCACCAUCACAUGCUCCGUCAAGUGAAAAAGGUGGAAGUCAUUAUUAUGAAAAUGAUAUUAUCGACCGUGACCGAACAGACAUUAAAGUACCUUAUGUGGAGACCGAAAGUAGUGAAGCUGACUGUUCAAACCUGGCUCCUGAUAAGGAAAAACAGUUACUGAAAGUAAAAGAAGAAGAAAUAGAGGAAGUUCCCCCUCCUUCACCGUCGACUAUGGAUAUUCUAGCGGAAGCAGAAGAAGAAGAGGAAGAAGAAUUUGAAGAAGAGUAUGAUGAAGAUCGAAGGAGAAAGAGUCUGGAAAUGUUCGAAUUUACAGAAAAUGUGUGUAAACGGUUGUCUCAAUUACUGGAAAGGUCCAAUAGUAGUUCCGAACCAGAAAAUGAGGACUAUUUGUUCGAAAGUGGUAAGGAUUUUACUGAGCCUCCCAAGCCUGAAAACAUUUAUGAAACUAUUAACGAAGACCCUAAGUUGAGCUUAGAUGAUGUUAGCAAACAGGUGCUACGUAAAAGUAUUGACAUGUCGACAGACACAAGUCUGCAACGGCGAAAGCGGAACGAGUCAUCUAGUACACUGAAACGGGCUUCUGGAGAGUCCGAGCCAUACAAAGAAGUUGAAGCUUUUGAUGAUGAAGAAUCCGACGAUGGGCUACCUGACUACUUCCAGCCAGAAGAUGCCAAGACGAAAGAGAGUCUUGGGGAGAAAUCAGAGAUGGAAGGAGUCAUUAAUGAUUGGGAAUCGAUUGAUGAUUCUGUAUUCACUCAAUGUUUUGACGAUCAGUACAUUGAGGAUGCCUCUCUUUCGACACUUGAAUCAUUUCGAACGGAGGAGCCAUCGAGCAAAGAGAAAGAGUCUCAUUACGGGUCUCUCCACUCAGCGCUCACGUUGCCGAUUCGAGGCGUGGAAUCGGGCGUUGUUUUUAACGAGUCUACUUCCACAGAUAUUUGUGACGAGACCCCGACAGCGGAAAGCCAGUCGAAAUUGGCCGCUUUGACGGAAUUAGUGACAGCGAAGGAGGAGGAUGUGCCGGUGCAGUUUGACACAUCCGGUCGGGCGUCCGUCACGUACACGGAGUCGGACCUCGAUAUUUCCGAGCACAGGGAUGACAUGAGUACGGACAGUAUGCUAGCGGAUGACGAGGCGGAAGAGACGAUGGAGAUCCUAUUCACUAAGACGUACACGGAGCCGGUUGAGGGCGCGGAAGUGUUCCUCAGCUGUACCGUCGUAAAUAGCAACUACCGAGACGAGGAAAUGAAGAACGACGCGUGGAUCUCCGACGAGGCGCUCGAGUAUUUCGAGGCGAAUGCCUCCGACCUGAUGUCUACCGCCUUCCUUAAAGCAAAGAAAGAGAUGAAGGAUAUUCAGAUGUGUCUUCAGGGCCUCCGACGCCAAAUGGAGCAUUUCCAUAGCGACGCCGAAGACACAUCCCAUCCGGGUUCCGGUGAUCUCGUGCCGGACUACUUCCGGAUUGCCGGCAGAAAUGCCGUCACAGAUUGACUCGGGACAGUUCAAUAGUCGCAUAAUUAUCCAUUCUUACAUACAUCUAUAUCAUUAUGAUAUUUAUAUUGUAUAUACAGUUUUCAUUUCAUAAUCUCAUAUCAACUCUUUUAUCUUCUUUAAUUAUAUAGCUAUAGAAGAUUUUAGUAAUGAUUAAAGGUUGUUAGAAUGCAUUUACUUAAUUUUGCUAUGCUAAAGUUAUAUUUUUUUUUAUUUAAUACAGUUCUUGUAAUGCUUUUAAGCGUUUUCGCAAAAAAAAAAAAUGUUAGCUUUUAUCAUGAAUGCGUUUUAUUGGAAUUGAUACUUUUUUACCUAAAUGUCUAGUUAAGAAACCUUGCUUUGUAUAUGGCACAGACGACCAUUUUACAUUAUGUAAAUGAUUGUAUGAAACCAUAGUUUCUAUGUUCAUGCAUUUUGAAUAAAAUGUGUAAUUUUU